CGUUUAGUUCUCGUAGUAAUAUUUUGUUGCUGUUGUUAAACAGAUGUUUGAAACUUUUUUCAGAAUUAAAUUUUCAUUUUCAUUCUUUUCUUCAACAUUCUCUUUUUUUGUCUGGACGUAAUAUUGUCAUACAGAUAGAAAAGAAAAAUCAAUAUAAACAAAACACAAGCUAUACAAAUUUGUUAUGCGUUCCUAAGACGCAAUAAGCGCGAUAUGAAACCAUAACGACAAUUAUAGAAACUACCAAUUUAAUUUUUUAAACGAAAAAUCAAUAAAAGUUUUCGCAACCUGAUUCCAGUUCAGAUUUAUCCAUUGGACGUACACGAACCACAACUCGAACAUUUUCGAUUUCAUCAUCAUUUUCGCUUGAGUGUGUGUUAUUUUCAUCUUCUUCCUUCGAGAAAUUUAAUUGAACUGAUAGUGUUGAAGGUUCGCAAUCGAUUUGACACGACUAUAACGGCUGAAAGUAGUGAGGAAUUCCAAACGGUAAACAACAAUUAUUGAAAAAUGAACGUACAAGAAACUACGGAUGAAUGGAGUCUUUUACGAGACGUAUAUAAGAUGUUGGAGGAUGCAAAUAUAUUAAAUCCAAAGACCUCAACGCCAAUAGUGAAUUUUAAGUUUCCCGACGAACUGAUGAAUGUUCUAGAUUUUAAAAUCCCUGAUGAUGGAACCAAUUUAAAGGAAAUUCGAAAAUUUUGCGAAUUAGUCAUACAAUAUUCGCUGAAAACGUCUCAUCCACAAUUUCAUAAUCAAUUAUUUGGGGCAGUGGAUCCUUACGGUUUGGCAGGAAGUUGGAUAACAGAUGCGUUGAAUACCAGUCAGUACACAUUUGAAGUGGCUCCCGUCUUCACGUUAAUGGAAAAUGAAGUCAUACGAACUUUUUGUAAACUUUUCGGCUUUGAAAAUGGUGACGGCAUUUUUUCUCCUGGGGGAUCACUAUCGAACAUGUAUGGAAUGGUUUCAGCGAGAUAUAAAUUAAUACCGAAUGUCAAAUCGACUGGAUGUUUUGGGAUGCGUCCAAUCGUCGCAUUCACUUCUGAUCAAUCGCAUUAUAGUAUUAAGAAGGCGAUUCACUGGCUCGGUAUCGGAAUAGACAAUCUGAUUGUUGUGAAAACUGAUGAAAAAGGACGUAUGGAAGUGGAUGACCUAAUUGAGAACAUUGAAAAUGUACUACUGAGUAAUCGUCAGCCUUUCUUUGUUAACGCUACCGCAGGGACUACAGUUUUGGGUGCUUUCGAUAAUCUGAAUGCCAUUGCUGACGUGUGUGAAAAAUAUAACAUAUGGUUGCACGUGGAUGCAUGUCUUGGAGGAAGUUCAAUAUUCUCUAAAAAACAUAAGCACCUUCUGGACGGAAUUCACCGUGCUGAUUCGAUUGCAUUUAAUCCGCAUAAAAGUCUGGGGGUUCCGUUGCAAUGUUCAAUGUACUUGACAAAAGAAAAUGGAUUUCUACAUAAAUGCAAUUCAGCGAAUGCCGAUUAUCUUUUUCAGCAGGAUAAAUUUUAUGAUGUUUCAUACGACACCGGAGAUAAAAGCGUUCAAUGUGGAAGAAAAGUGGAUGUUUUCAAGUUUUGGUUAAUGCUAAAAGCACGUGGAAUAUCUGGAUUUGAACGCUUGUUUGACAACUGUAUGGAAAAGGCCAACUAUUUAGAACAACAGCUAUCAAAACGUUCUGCAUUCCGCUUGGUCAUGAGCAAUUUUCAAUAUACAAACGUUUCGUUUUGGUAUGUUCCACAAGCGUUGCGCAUGAAAACGGAGAAUGAAAGCUGGUGGAGUGAGGUCUAUAAUAUUGUGCCAAAAAUCAAGGAAGCAAUGAUACGAAAUGGCACUGUAAUGGUUAAUUAUGCACCUUUGCCAUCGAAAAAUAUUGGCAAUUUCUUCCGAAUGACAUUAACAUGUUUUCCGGCUCCAACAGAAGCUACAAUCGAUAAUCUACUUAACGAGAUUGAAAAAAUUGGACAAAUGAACGAAAAUUACUGAAUAGUUAUUCUUUAUUAGUUGUAUUAUUUUUAUUAUUGUAUUACUUUAAUGACAAUUCUCUGGCCGAAACGAAAGAAGAAACUAUUUUAAAAAUGUAUAAGUUUAUAUUUUGGCUCAAUAUGAGCUACAACAAAAGAAGUUGACAUUUGUCACAUAUUCUACGUAUCAUAGAUUCUUAAUACAUCAAAUACUUCUAAAAAAUUGUUUUAAAAUGUAGAAAUUGGAUGGCAUAAAUUAUUAUCUUUGUUAGACGAAUACUCUAUUUCAUUAAACAAAUAAAGCAACUAUGUUGCAUCUUAAGUAG